AUGCUGGGAAUUUUAACACCUCUGCAAUUGGUAUCAUGCGUGUUGGAAAAGCUGGCGUUCUCCGGGUUGUCUGGUUUGGAUUUGCCCAGUAUGUGGGAUUUUGUGGGAGAGAAGCUGAAGUUAGAGGAAGUAGAUGGGUUUCUUAAGCAAGCUAUGUGGCAAUGGUUAUUCUUUGAAAAUACCGGAAAGAGUUUGGAUGGUACACACCAGUUUAAUCUGUAUAUUCUUAAGGAUAAGAAACCGGUACCUAUUCUUCCUGAUUAUGAAGAAUUUAUUAAUGAAUACGGACCUGAGAGUGCUCUACUGAUCCUUCCUAGUCAGAACACUCAAUGGGAAUAUAUGACGGGUAUAAGAAACGUUUCAAAGAAAUAUAGAGUUCAAUUGGGUGAAUUUCCAUUUCAAUUGCUUUGUGAAAUAGCCAAAGCUGGUGCUCAAGGUGUACAAUCUCCAGAAUUAUGCAGCAAUACAGGUCAGGAUCCUCGUUCAUUGCCUAUGAGACUCAGAAAACUUGAAGAGUUGGGUCUCAUUAAGAAAAUGUCCAUUAUUAAUGAAAAGAAGCAACAUACUAAUCUUUGUAUUCACUUCAAAUUUGCCCAUGGAAGUAGUAGUAGUUCUCAACAGGAUGACGACAAGGAGACAAUGGUCUCCAGAAGUAUUGCAUCGUUAAGAAGCCAAAUUGUUAAGUUAACUAAAGACGCACCAAACCAUUUACGUGGUUUCAAAGAUCUCAGAAAAGAAGUUGGCUUAGAUGCAGAUGAUUACUCCAGAAAGUAUUAUAGGAAAGUCAUUUGGAGUCUUCACUCGCAGGGCUAUAUUGAGAGAAUUAUGGUUCAAGACACAGAAGAAGCAUAUUUGACUUACAGUCUUAGAUAUAUUAAAGAUAUUCCUAAGGAUGCAAAUGCUGUUGAAGAUUAUGUUAACGAAUUAGAUACUGAUGAUGAAGAUCUCCAAAAAAAGGCUGAAGAACCUGAACCCACUUUGUAUGAUCAAGAAAGUGUGAUCCCCAGGAUGAAUCUGUCGUUCCCCACUUCAAACCAAAUCUAUAAUAUCAUUGAAAAACAUGGUACUGAAGGAAUAACUACUCUGAAGCUCAACAAGUAUAUGACAGGAGUCACUGAUAACAGGCCACUCACAAAGCUUUUUGAUUCCAUCACUAGUUACUUUGUUAACAAGGGAACCCUUGAACCUUUAAAGAAGUUUAAAGAUGCCUAUCCAGAAACUUCGAUAGUACGGUCCUAUGAUUUUGAGGGUAAAUUCAAAUUUUAUCGAUACUUUUCAAAAUCCUACAGCGAAUUCACAGAAGCAGGAACCUCAAAACAAGCUCCAUUCGUUACAUCAAAGAAAUCAUCAACCAAUACUAAGGAGAAAACAUUACAACAAUUAAAUUCAGAACUAUUUCAACCUUUAGGUAAGGUAAACCAAACAAAUAUGUUUGUCAAAGAGAAGAAGCGAAGCUCAUUGGAUAAAGAUUUGAGUGCUACUCCUCCACCAAAGAAGAGGCGAACAAGAGCUGCUGCUAUUAUCUCAACUGAUAAAAUUGCAGAAGCGGCCCUAGAAGCAGAAAUUCACGGGGAACUACCGAAAUCGGUCGCCAAAUCGGUCAACACAUCAGUUACUGUAACUCAUGAGCCAUCUCAAGUUGAAUCUGUCUUUAAUUCACAAUCAGAGAGACAACCACAGAGAAAACUAGAACCAAUCUUGGUUACUGACUUUAGACCUGCAGAGUUCCUACCCAAAACCAAAAGUCAGAAACACAAUGAAUCAUUAUCUGAUUCAGGGUCAAUGAAAGGGAUUCGUAGGCGUGAAGAGUUGAUAAGGGCAGUAAUUAAGCUAGGAGGGGUGAGUCCCACAAGCAAUCAACUUCGUCAAACAUUAGAUAGUCAAUUGGCUAGUACUACUGUUAUGGACUUGAAAACUCUAGCAAGAGAUAUCAAAAUUCUCGUUGAAAGUGGAGAUCUUGAAGUUCGCGAUGUACCAGUUGUGCUAAAGAAUGGGAAAGAACAGUUCCGUAAGUUGUUAAUUGUUACAGACCCAGAACAUCGACCAUCUGAAAGCAAAAUUCAAGAAGUUCAAGACAGAUUAUUGGAUAGGAAUACAGUACCCAGUUACUAUGGACUGACAAAGAGAAUUGAAAGCAAGGUCACUCUUUUCAAAACUGAGCAUGUGAGGAAGAAGAAAGGAAAGGGGAGGUUGGAUACUUUGGAUUCUUUGGAAGUUGGUUUGCUUGAAGGUGAUAAUAUGGAAAGUGGUGACAUUAAACGUAGAGUUCUUCAAAAGAAUUCUUUACGUCGCGUUUCGAACAAAGUCAUUUCCCAACUGGAAAAGUUCGAUGUUUCAGAUGUCACACCCUUGCUUAGAGCUGUGGUAAUAUCAAAGAUGUUCAAUAAAGGUGCAUUGGAUUUCGAGUCAAUUGCAGAACUUUUUGCCAACACCACGCCAAAAGAUAUUAGAUCAAGGUGGUCAACAUUAAGAAAGAACAUAGGAGGUAAGAUAGUCGUUGAUAACGGUGUUGAAGAAUUCGAAGCGAUAUUAUUACGUGCUAUUUCUGAGGACUUGGUGACGUUAGAUGAAUUGGAAAACUUGGAUUACAGAUUUAUGUUAGAUGUUUGGAAAGAUUUUGAUGGUUCCAUCGUUUCCUUGGAGGAAAAAGUACCAUUAUAUAAGAAGAAUGAUAUCAACAGGAAGGAAUAUGAAGCUAUUUAUCAAUCGAAAUCUGGUGUUGAAUUAGUUGAUCGACUUGAAGAUAGUUCAAUGGUUCAGAAAGAGAUUGCCCUUGCAGCAAGUACCUUUUAUUGGGAGCCCAAAGAACGGAAGGUUGUUCCCAAGGAUGAUGAUGAUUUGAGGUCUGUUAUGAAGGCUAUAUUUGAUACUAAGGAAGACGAAUUCUCUAAGGAAAGAGUUGUUCGUCUUCUUUCAGCGUAUGAAGAUGAGGAUAUACGUAGGGCAACUGAUGCACUUGUUAAAGAUAGAGAAAUAGUGUUUAGUUCAUCUGAUGAUGCUGAACAAAAGUUUUCAUUAACGGAGAAAGUGUACCAUCCAAUCGAUUUGAAGUACUUUACUCCGAAAUUCUUCCGUAAAGCAGCAGAGUUUGCAAACCGCUUGAAUGAUGCUCUGGCCUCAUCGAAAGGUCUUAUUGUUUCUCAAGCCAUAUCAAAUGGUCAAAUGGCUACAGUCUUACAGAAGUUGUCACAGGGUGAAUUAAAGAUCAUUCGAGUGGAAAAGCAGUUCAAACAUGUGGGGUAUGAGUCCAGAUUGAUUGAUAGAAACCAAUUAAGUUGUGAUAUUGUUCUCUUUGGGUUUAAUGGAGAGUCUGAGUCCAAUUCUAUUCCCAGUAUUAAUAUCCCAAUUGGUAAACCAUGCUCACAUAUUUGGCUUGAUAUGAAUGGUAAAAUCAAGCAUGAACUUUGGUCCAAAUUGGUGAUAGCCAUACUAUAUUAUGCUCUUUUGAGGCCAUCAUCUUCUCAAUAUUCUCUAUAUAACAAAUUUGUCACUUUGUUAAGUGUUCGGGACUUUAAUGCCGUUAUCAAUUGGCUUGUUCAAUCAAAACUUUUGAAUCUCUCUCAUAAUGGAGAUGUGCUGGCCACAGAUUCUUGGUUUCUAGCUUUAGGAAUGGGAAAUUAA